GCGGGACCCCAUUUCCCCCCGACAUACGUUAUACCAGAGGGGACGUCGUAUCUCUCUAUUGUCGUUUGCCUUAUGAAUAUGCAGUCCAAGGGCGAAGUUACGCUAAAAUCGGCAAACGCGACUAAUCAUCCCGUCAUUGACCCCAAUUACAUGUCCCACCCUUUCGAUCGAAAGAUGCUGACCCUGGCAAUCAGAGAAACUAUGAAGUUUUUCGAGUCUGGCGCGAUUCUGCAAGAAUUCAAGGCGUACGUCCUGGCUCUUCGGAGCCAGUCAGACGAAGAUAUCCAUGAAUUCAUCGAUGAAAACCUCCUGCCGGUCUUCCAUGCCAAUGGAACCGUAAAAGUGGGCAAAUCGGACGACCCAACUGCAUGUACAGGCAAGGACUUCCGCGUGUAUGGCGUUGAGAAGCUACGAGUAGUGGAUUUGAGUGUUUGUCCAAUGACCCCAAACAACCAUAGCCAGCCCACGGCCUAUCUUGUGGCACAGACAGCUGCAGAGAAAGUUAUUGCAGAAUAUGGUGGACAAGUCAAUGGUACUCUCAAGGUUAAUAAUUAG